AUGGGAUCCGAUACCUCUCGCACACGGCCAGAUCAGUCUGAGCCACAGCCAAUUGGUUCACACGCCUUCAAUGGCGAAGCCGAGACGUCUUUAGACCAAACUGGAGAAACCCCGUCAGAGAACACGACUGCCGACGCGGGUGAACUUCAGGCAAACCCCGAUCAGCUAACAGCGGACGCUGCUCCUGAUGCACCAGAGCCAGCCGCUGGCUUGCCAGACUAUGUCACUUCACCUAAUGCUGUCUUCAACGACAAGGGUGUCGAGUGGCGAUUUGGUGCUGUUCCAGAUUAUUCGAAGACGCGAAAGGUCUGGGAAGAAACCAAGCAGAUGAAUCACGCAGCGGGAAGCCUCGAGGAGAUUGUCGAGAACCUCGUCAAGAAUUGGGAGGUAGAAGCGUCCUAUAAAUCCCGAUUGAGCGACUGGCGAACGAUCGAUCAUGAGAAUUACUCAUUUGCCAUGAAUGGCGGGGCUCCCUCGACGGGUGCGCAGAUGAUCAAGACCGGCACAUACAAUGGCAUCAUCGUCGCCAACGAAUUUUACGAUCCCAAGUACAAUGACUUCGCCUCGAGUCACAAGUCCUUCAAACGGAUGAUGCCCACUUUUGCAUGGGAAGUCCUCGAGGUCUACAGUGCCGGACCGCCACAGAUCAGCUUCCGCUGGCGACAUUGGGGCGAGAUGAAGAACGACUAUGUCGGUUUCAACGACAAGGGCGAAAAGGUCACGGCGAAGGCUCACGGCGGAGCUAUUGACAUCCAGGGCGUCACGGUUGCGGUGGUCGAUGAAAAGCUUCGUCUCCAGUCGGUGCGAACCUGGAUGGAUCCGUUGGAAAUGUUCCGACAGAUCGCUCCCGGAGGCAUUGUCAACAAGCAGCCUGCCACAACCAAAGAUGGCAUGGACGAAAGCACACAAUCACAUGCACCGUCUCAGCAGCACGACUUUCCUGGCAGUGAUGGCCUCUCCAUUGCUCGCGAGCACAAUGCUCCAGAGGGCAAACAUAGCCAUGAGCCUGCGCCCGAAGAAAUCAUUCCAAAGCACAUCUCCAAAGUCACUGGUGUAGCAGCAGACGCAUUUGUGCCUGCAGAUGCGGUCCAUCAACGUCAUGAUCUGUCAACCAUUGUUCCGCUUAUGAAGAAUUCCAAGGGCGUGGACAAUAAAUCUCCGACCACAACGAACGCUAACCCAGGGACAAAGGAUGAGGACGUCCUCACUUUGCCUGCAGAACAGUCGGUGAACUUUUCAGCUCAAGGUCAAGUCACGUCUGACAUGACGCAAUCCUCGACAACAAAGAACAGCGGUGGAACCGACGAAACCAGGCACGCAGACUCUGAAGCCCGCGACAAGAUUGAUGACCAUCUCAAGCAAUCCGCCGAUGACGUCCACCCUCAUUCCAAGGACGUCGAGAAAGCCAUCGAGCCAUCAGCAGGACAGGCGGUCGCGGUGCCAGCAAGCGACGAAGAGACUCACGUCACCCAUGAGGAGAUGAGUCGCUUGAACCCCCUGGAAUGUCCUUUCAUGAUGAACCGCGAGUGA